AUGGUUGUAGAUGGUAUAUGCAAGAAGAUUGGGAUAAACGAUAGUACAAAGAAGCUCAAGUUAAGCUACAUUCCAUUGGUAGCUAAGCCACGCAAUGAGUCACGUAUUGUUGAUGAUGGUGAUGUGUAUGUCUAUCUAACAACUCUGGACAAAGAUGGACUUAGAUCUGUGUUGAAUGUGGAGAUAAUGGAAGAUCAGAGUGAUGAGCUAGCAACAGGGGAUAAUAUGCUUGAUAUUGAGGAAGGGAUGACUACUUACACACCGGUAGAAGCAGGGAAAGAACAGAAUGAACUUGCUAUUGUGGUCGUGGCAGAGACUGAGAAACAGAUGGUGAUCGAUGAUGUUGUUUCAAAACCGGAUGAUCAUGCACAUGUAGAGCCUGCAGAGUAUAUUAUGGAUGAGGAUGAUCACGUAGAGCCUGCAGGGCGAGUAGAACCAACUCAGCAGUUUGUUAUUGAAUGGGAUGAUGGUGCUGGUUUUGAGAAACAUCAAGAAUUUAGGUCGAAAGAGGCGUUGCGAGUAUUGGUUGACAGAGCUUCGCAUAAGGGAUGUUUUGAGGUUAAAACUGUGAAGUCUGAUCCUGGGCGACUCAUUCUAAAAUGCCGUCAAGCUGAACAUGGUUGUUCAUGGUAUUUACAUGCUGUAAGAAUGAAGGAUUCAACUUAUUUCAGCCUUCGAGUUUACAGGAAUAAGCAUUGUUUCUCUCGGGUCCUUACCAGCACACUUGAGAAUAAAAGAAAAGGCACUCCACAAGUAGUAGCAGAUGUUUUGCGUGCUUCGUAUCCAGGUGUAGUGGAUACACCCGCUCCUAGAAAUAUAGUAAAGGUUGUUCAAACUGAAGCUCAUGUGAAUGUGUCGUACUCUACUGCAUUGAGAGGGAAAAAACUCGCUAUUAGUCAAGUGAGGGGUAGUCCGGCUGAGAGCUUUCAAAGAUUGCAUUCUUAUUUGUACAUGCUGAAGCUGGUGAACCCCGGUACAGUGACGAGCGUGGAAGUGGAUGCUAAUAAUAAGUUCAAGUAUCUUUUUGUGGCUUUGGGUCCCAGCAUUGAAGGGUUUAGAUCAAUGAGAAAAGUCAUAGUUGUGGAUGCAACAUUUCUUAAGAAUGUUUAUGGUGGUAUGCUUGUAUUUGCCACAGCUCAGGAUCCUAAUCAUCACCAUUAUCCCAUUGCAAUGGGUGUAAUCGAUAGUGAGAAAGAUGCUAGUUGGAGGUGGUUUUUAGAGAUGCUCAAAACUGUUAUACCAGAUAAUCCUGAGAUUGUUUUUAUGAGUGACAGACACACAAGCAUAGCGAAGGCAGUGCAAGAGGUGUACCCUCAGUCUCAGCAUGGAUUUUGUGUUUGGCACCUGUCUCGGAAUGUGAGGGUUAAAGCAGCCAAUGGUUGGAAAGAUUUGUGCUCAAAAAAAUUCAUUGACUGCGCUCACAAGUACACCGAAAGUGAGUUUCUAAGUGCAUAUACCGAAUUUGGUAGAAUGUUUCCCAAAGCUGCGGAGUACUUAGAGAAUGGUCUUCCUCUCGAGAAAUGGGCAAGGUGCUACUUCAAAGGAGACAAGUAUAACUUGGACACAAGCAACGCCUGUGAAUCUAUGAACAGUGUCUUCAAGAAAGCUAGAAAGUAUGCAUUAUUGCCGUUGAUUGAUGUGUAUAUUGAAAAAGUGUCUGAGUGGUUCAACAGGCAUAGGGAAGACAUUGCUGGUGCAUCGUAUUCGAAGAAAUUGGUGCCAUAUGUGGAAAAUCAGUUGCAUAUCCAAUGUGCAAUAGCGACAGCGUUAACUGUGACUGAGCUAAAUGUUCCUGAGCUUGAGUACAGUGUGGUUGGACUUGAUGGGAAGAGCUAUCUGGUCAAUUUGGUAACAAAAAGUUGUGAGUGUCGGAUGUUUGAUAUAGAUAAGAUUCCAUGUGUGCAUGCAAUAGCCGCAACCAUUGCAAUGAUGCGGACGACAUCUAGAAGAAGAGACAUACACAUUUUCGAUUUAUGCUCGAGGUACUACUUGAUUGAUACUUGGGCGUUGGCUUAUUGCCGAACCAUCUAUAUGGUGCCGCAUCAUUCAACUUGGAUUAUUCCUGAGGAGGUUGGAAAUUUAGUUGUUUACCCACCAGACUACACCAAAAAAUCAGGAAGAAAGAAGGAGAAGCGGUUUCCUUCCACCGGAGAAGCUCGCAGGAGUCAGAAGGCCAACCCAAACACAAACAUUGGCCGUUGGUUUGAACCACUAAACCCAAGGCAAGGAGAGGGUGAAGAGGGCGAAGAGGGUGAAGAGGGCGAAGAGGGUUAA